AUGUCGGUGCUCAAGACGCUCAUCAUCAACCCACGCUCGGGCGUCAAGCCCACAGCCACGCUGUUCUUCAUGCACGGACUGGGCGACUCGAGCGCAGGCUGGUCCGAUGUGGCACAGAUGCUCUCGCAGCGCCCCUCGCUCUCGCACGUGCGCUUCGUGCUGCCCAAUGCGCCCAUCCAGCCCGUCACGCUCAACAUGGGCAUGCCCAUGCCUUCUUGGUUCGAUAUUUUGGCGCUUGACGACCUCUCUGGAGCGGAAGACGAGGCGGGCUUGCUCAAGUCGACAGACGAGAUCAAGAAGCUCAUCAAGGCCGAGAACGACGGCACUGCCCAGGGACUUGACGGUCACCAAAUCCCCAGCGAACGCAUCGUCGUGGGCGGCUUCAGCCAGGGCGGCGCCAUUGCACUGCUCACCGGCCUCACCAACCAGAACGCCGUCGCGGGCGUCGCGGCUCUGUCGACCUGGCUGCCCCUGCGUGCGAAGAUCGCUGCGCUCCGAGCACCCACCUCGAAAAACCUCAAGGUGUUCCAGGCGCACGGUGACGCCGACCAGGUCGUCAAGUACGAGUACGGCCAGCGCACCGUGUCGUUCCUUAGGAACGAUCUCGGCCUGGCGGAACAGGACGUCGAGUUCCGCACCUACCCGCGCAUGCCGCACUCGGCGUGUCCUGAAGAGAUCCGCGAUCUGGCCGCUUUCCUCGAGAAGGCCAUUCCGGCUCAGUAG